GCUUUAUUUCGGGGCCGCGUUACCCUGAAAGCGCUCAAGUUGGUGCUUUGAUGCCCCGAUUGCUCCGCCGCUCCUUCGAAGUAUUUUAGGGAUUUGAUUACGUAGUGUCGAGUUAUUUCUAAUUCCUAGUGACCGCAGACAGGUUUUCUCCAUAACGAUCUAUCCCUACCCUGGCCUUUGGAGUCGCGGUGACAGCCAUCGGCUCUAUAACCGAUUUUAUAACCGAAUCCUAUAAUCAUUUCUCGCUGAUGUCGUUUUUCGUUUCACCUUUCCCAACGUAACAAUAGCUGCAAAGAAAACUUCCUUUUCCCUGCCUUUUAUCCAAAGAGUUUUAAUUUUAUUUAUGCCCUCCAACUAAUGGUAUCCCCUUCUCCGAAACUUAUGAAGAGGUGCAAGAGGUUAAAUGCAGGCGCCAUGGGCCGGCCACCCCCUUUAAAACGGGUUGUGUUUCCCAGCAGGAGCCCUGGGAAGGGAAGGGAAGAAAGCGGUCUUAUUGAAUAUAAUGCGAGGCUCCGGAACAGAACGGGGGGGGGGUUAAAGCCGCGUGAAUUUCUUUCUCCCUUUUCCCUGCGCAGGCCUUGACGCCGAGGUCACCAGGGGCCGCUCUCAGCCUGCUGGCUGCUGCCCGGCUGCAGUACUUUCCUCCGAUCUUUGCCGCGGCUUCCCCUUCCGGCCAGCAGAGGUUGCGGGAUGGCGGCCGGAGCGAGCGGGGAGCAGAGCAGCACCAGGGAGAAGCUGCUGGCUGCCUUGGACGAUCUGGAGUUGCUGGCCAGAGAACUGAUUGAAGUUUUGGCAAUUUCAAGAAAUCAGAAGCUAGCACAACCUGGGGAAGAGAGCCAGAUCCUGGAAUUGUUAAUUCAUCGGGAUAAAGAGUUCCAAGAAUUGAUGAAACUAGCUCUUGAUCAAGGGAAAAUCCACCAUGAAAUGCAGGUAUUGGAAAAAGUUGUAGAGAAAAGAGACAAUGAUAUUCAGCAGCUUCAAAAACAACUGAAAGAAGCAGAGCAUAUUCUGGCUACAGCUGUUUAUCAAGCAAAAGAAAAACUGAAAUCAAUAGAAAAGGCAAGAAAAGGUGCUAUUUCGUCUGAAGAAAUAAUUAAAUAUGCUCAUAGAAUUAGUGCCAGCAAUGCUGUUUGUGCUCCUCUAACUUGGGUGCCAGGGGAUCCUCGAAGACCAUAUCCAACUGAUUUGGAGAUGAGGAGUGGUCUUUUGGGUCAGAUGAACAAUCCUUCAGCAAAUGGAGUUAAUGGACACUUACCAGGAGAUGCACUUGCAGCCGGCAGAUUGCCAGAUGUACUUGCACCACAAUAUCCCUGGCAAUCAAGUGACAUAUCAAUGAACAUGCUUCCUCCUAAUCAUAGCAAUGACUUUAUGUUAGAACCUCCUGGACAUAAUAAGGAGAAUGAGGAUGAUGUAGAGGUUAUGUCAACAGAUUCCUCAAGUAGCAGUAGUGACUCCGAUUAGGGCCUGCAUCUGAAUCACUUGAUCAUACCAGCGAAUACACAUUCUGCAUUCCAGAUGGAGGCUGAGGUACCAAGGAGGAAACUUAAAAAUUCAUGAGAAUCAUUCUCUUGUAUUUGAUGAAUAUGACUUUGUCCCGGAAUUUCAGAUAAUUGUUGAAAUAGGGUGAUGGUAGCCACUGGAAAUAUGUUAUGCUCUGACAUAAUUUAUUUUGGUAUGUGUUUACUCAUAAAAAUGUUUUUGCACUAAAUAAAUAUCUAUGAAAUUGCAA